AUGAGUUCAUUUCCAAUCGCUGAACAAGAAGAAAGUUUAUUUCUUCUUGACGAGCAACCGCCGCCAAAUCUGCAACGGUCAGCUAGUUUUGAUGAUGAUAAUAAACCAACCAGUUUGAAAUCUCUUCAGCGCAUUCUCUCAGCGUCAUCAUCGUUAACAACAUCAAAUCCGUACCAACAACAACAACCACAUCGAUCUUUAUCUGCGCAGAAUUUAGCACCAGUGUUGGAUUCAAAUGAUUACGGUUUACCUCCGAUACAGCAAUCACGACGCUCGACAAUACGCAACAGUACCAAUGAAAUCGAUUCAUUCGUACGUCAAUUUGAGACACGUUUGCGCGAACAUCGUCUUCUUUGGCAAAAAGAAUAUGACACAACAGUGCAACGAAUGAGUGAAUCUAAACAGAGCGAAUUAGAUGCAUUGAAAGUCCGUUAUGAAACGAAACUAAAAGCAUUAGAAGAUGGAAAUCGACAAUUAGAAACAAUUCUCGAACAAAUAAACGAAGAAAAUAAACGAUUGAAAUUCGAAAUCGAACAUCAAAAGCAACAGUUAAAAAUCGAACAAAUGACCAUCCAGGAGCAUUUAAAAGAGUUGCAAAACGAAAUGGAACGGAAAAUUUUUGAAGUAAAAAACUUUCACGAGAAUGAAAAACAAGAAAUUCGUCGUCAAAAUGCUCGUGCGCAUCAAGAUCUGCUCGAUGAGACCAACCAACGUUUGAAAAAAGUGGAAAGUGAUUACAAAUCUCAACAAUCUACGCACGAUGAAACCAUCAACGAAAUGGAAAAACGAAUAGUUGACUUGCGCACGAACACCGAUCGCUUACAGCAGGCGAAACAAAAACUUGAAGAUGAAAAUAGUUCAUUAGUUAAAAACAACGAUCAAUUACAAUUGCAGCUUCAAGAGUUAGUGAAUAAACUUCGUCAUGCAGAUCGUGACCAUGCGGAUCAAGUUCAACGUUAUGAAAACGAAUUGAAAUCUCUUCGUUUGCGUUGUGAAUCAGGCGUUGAUUUAUUACGUAAAGAAAAUGAUUUGACGAAAAGCAAAGCGAGCAAAACCAUUGAUGAGCUAGAAAAACAACUCUCAGCGAUAACGGAGAAGUUUUAUGAUAUGCAAAAGCUAUUUGAACAGAAAACAACGGAACAACAAAAAACAUAUCAAGGCAAUCUUCAACAAUGUGAAAACGAUUAUGAAAAGAAAUUACAAUUAGCCAAACAAGAGCUCAAGCAGUUGAACGACAAAUUUCAAUCGACUAUUCAACAUAAUGAACAAUUACAAAAUGAAUUCAAACAGAAAACUUAUGAAAUCAAGCAAUUCAAUGAAACUUGUUCGCAACAGCGCGAUUUAAUCGAGAAAAGUGAAAGAGCUUUCGUGCAAAUCAAGAGCGAACUAGAAAAGAAAUUUCAAGAAAAAAUUCAAGAAAUGACCGAGAAAACACGUCAAAACGAGCAACAACUAAUCGAAAACUUGAAUCGUGAUCAUGCAAAAGUUUGUGACAAGCUGAAACUUGAAUACGAACAAGCCAAAGAACAAAAUGAAGAAAAACUGCGCGCACAUUACCAAAAAGAGAUCGAUGAAAUCAAACGUAAAUAUGAGCAAACACUUGAAAAACAAGGAGACAAACUGAAAUUGGAUCUUGAUCAAAUCGAUAAACUAGCUGUCGAAAGAAAACUUGCACACGAUAAUGAAAAGCAAAAGUUGAUCAAUGAAUACGAACAGUUCAUUCGAAAGAUCGAGAGACAAUAUACUCAGAAAGCGGAAGAAUAUGAAAAACGGAUUGAAGUGCUGAUUUCCAAAACUCAUGAACAGUUGAAAUCAAUCGAAGAUGAAUUUGAAGAACGAAACACAAAACAACAAUCGAUCAUCAACGAUCAGCAAAGAAUGAUUCAAGUUUUGAAAGAUGAACAAAACAAAGCCAAAGCGUUCUACGAAAAACAAUCCAGUGUAUUGAACGAGCAAUGUCUUCGUGAAAAGAACGAAGUCAAAGGUCAAUUCGAUACUUGUAUGAAAAAUCUUGAGAAAAAUGUCAACACAUUAACAUUAAAGAAAGAACAAUUAGAACGCAAACUAACUUAUUUAAAUGAACAGCAUAAACAUGAAUUACUCGAAUGUCGAUUAACUUAUGAGAAUAAUUUAAAAGGUCUGCUAUCGAAUGAUGUUCGAGUUGAUUUAGAAAAUACCAUUCAUUCGUUAAAACAACAAGUUGUCUAUUUACAACAACGCAUUGCUUUUCUUCAACAAGAACUCGAACAGUACAUACAAACAUAUGGUCAUCGACCAGCUAUUCAACCUUUAGUUAAAACAUCAAAUCAAGAAUAG